AUGCCAGCCGAGAUACCAGAUCAAGGCAGCUACGAUCUUGACCUUAGUGGGAAUGCCGACAUAUACCUCACACUUCGGAUCAACAACUCUCGGCCAGAAAUUCGGGUUGAAAAGGGGGAGCGGCAGAACAACAGAAUACAUCGCUCCCAAGUAAUUGGGAUGAGCAAAGAAAGGAAUCAGGCCAAUGCCGAGGUUAUUGUUACUGGACAUCCUCUGAUAAUCCCGUUUGACGCCCUCUUCCAUCGCCAGCCAGUUGACCCAGGGGGAAAAGAUCCGAAGAUAUCAGAACAAGAACUGGAGGCUCUUGCAGGGUCGAUUUGGGAAGAACAGGGCUGGUUGCGCUACGAGUAA